UUGCAGUACUUGUAAUUUCUUUGAGAUCCAAAUUGCCAUGGACAGUUAUGCGAGGGCCAGGACACUUCAGGAGGAGGCGGGAGUUCCUCCUGGGGGAGUCAAGCGAUGUUGCUGCAACUGCAGAAGGAAGCUGGAUCCCUACCAACUGUUCGAUGAUAAUGUGGAGGACAUAGCCAAGAGCCUGGCUCAGAUAAUGCUGAUCUGCGGCAUCAGCACGGCGAAAUCCUGUGCUGCCAGGUCGAUUAUCAAGAGGGCCUUCGUUUACCACGAACGAUUGAGGACCACCUGUCCACCAAAUCCGGCGCCAGGGAGUCGCUUGAAUCGCGAGGACUUGCUGCAGGCUCUGCGACUUAAGUGCGAAAUGGAACCCGUGGAGGCGAUGCUCACCUAUGCGAUCAUCAAGCGGGCCUUCAAAGCCUUCUACCACGGCAAGCCCCUCGUGACCAUCAGCAAUCCCAUCGUGGACGCCAUGGCGAUCCACACCCAACAUGCCGCCUGGAUGCAUGCCGCCCACAAGACCGCCAGGAUCUUCGACAACUACAAGGCGGCUUUCUUCUGGGCCCACAAGCACUACGAGAGGCAGAUCAAUCUGGUGUACAGUGCGCUCUACCAGCGGAUGACCACCAGAUCGGACCCCCUCCUGGUGCCCGGCUGCCCCUGCAAGGGCUGCUCCAAGCAGGAGGUUCCCGGGCAUCCCAAGGCGGGCCAAAAGCAGAUGACCAAGAUCAAGCUGUCGGAGGGUGCAGAUCUCCCGGAACCCUGCAUCCUCUGUGGCCUGCAAGUGCCGCGAAUGGAGAAGGAUGUGAAGAUCAAGGUGAAGCCCCCGCGGCCCAUCAUCAACCACGAGGUCAAUCUUCCCAGAUGCCAGCAGUGCAACUCGCCCUUCCUCAUCUGCGAGUGCAACAUCGACCAGUUGACGGGCGAGCAGUUUGGGGAAUGUGGUCAGGACUCCUACAAGGUGAAGUGGUAUCGUCUGGAGGAACCAGUGGCCGUAUCCCAACCCAAAGCCCAGUCGCUUGGCGACGAGGAGCAGGACACCAGCUAUGCGGAGGCCUUGGAACCUCCAGAGGAUUGGGACAACCAUCACUGUCCCAUCGACUGCAAGCAUGACUCCUGCAGCGAAUCCUCCAAUGUAUGUCAUAGCACCUCCUCCUCGGAAUCUUCGGGAAGUGACUUUGCCACCUGCGAGGAGGGCGAUGAUAAGGAGGAGGACGUGGUGGCCAAGUUGGAGGAUUACCUCAACAAGCUCUGGGCCGAGGAGGUGGCUCAAAAGAAGAACCCUUCGUAUGUGCCUAGAACCAUUGAACCACCUGGCUUGAAGUGUCUUAAAUGCAAGGAUUAAUUAUUGGAAUCCCAUAUUUCUCUGUUAAAAUUUUGGCUAUAUAAAUUAUUGAGUGAAGGAAAGUAGAAAACGGAAGCAGAGAAU